AUGUACCAUGAUUGGUACUCAUCGCUUCUGCAGGAUCUCACCCCUCCCACUCUCGAACCAAAUUUUGGGCAGCCUUCCAAUUCAGGGAUCGUAGAAGGAAGUUCUACUAACGAAGCUGAACAUCUCGACCCGAAGGUUGUGCACAAUAGAAUCGCCAAUGCUAACAAAAGUCUCGCAGACGCUGGCCACUUCCCAACAAUACUCCAAGAUGCUUCUUCUGCGACCAAUGACCUACCAUCUUUUUCUGAUACAAUUGAUAUGUUCUCCGUGUUGCUCAAACCCUUGAAGGCAUUCAACUCCAUCGCCAAUGCGAUUGCAGAUGUCCAUCCCUAUGCGAAGGUGGCGCUGAGCAUCUUCACUUGCGCUUCCAAGAUGAUUCUCAAUCAGGCACACCGUGAUGACGCUGUUUCCCUUCUGCUCUCAAAGAUAUCUGAAGUCUAUACUUUCAUCACGGAGGAGGAGGAAUUGGCCAAGAUCUACUAG